GCAGCUCCGUGGUGUUUGUUCCUUUUUCCAAGAGCUUGGGCUACAGGUACAUGAACAUGAGUGCUAGCCAGGGAAAGCCAGAGGUCUGAAGAGAAGGGAAGAAAGGACACAACUGACAGAUCGGUAAAACCACACCUGCAGAAUGUUUGGGAACAACAGACCCUACACUUACGAGUCCAGUAACUAUGACGCGCCACCACAGUCCUAUGGUUUCCCACGUGAGGAUCCACCUUCACAGAGAUCCAGUAUAAACAGACCCAGUGGCAAGUCCAUCUACAUGCAGAGGAAAGAGUACUCGGAGUCCAUGAACAGGCAACCAGAUAAUUUCCAAUACAGGGUGGAGCACCUGUUCACCUGUGACUUAGAUGGGCGGGAGGUAUGCACUGUGGGUGACUGUGUGACCAGACUCAAGACAUUAAACGCCAAGGGCCGCAUCUGGGGACAGGAGAUGAUCCUGGAGGUGCGGGGACUCAACCUGCAGCUAACUGACAUCGAGACUAAGGGAGAACUGGAGUCCCUGGCUCUGGGCAGCAUCACACAGACGAAGGCUGUCCUGGACAGCUGUGUGUUUGACUCCCUGCUGACCAUCACAGUGGAAGACCACAGCAAGAGGGCCAGCAAAGUUUUCCUGUUCCAAUGUGAGGAAGUUAGGGCAGAGGACAUCAAAGAGGACUUGGACAAAGCUAUCAAACACAGAGCAGAUGUGGGCGAUCCAUAUAAGAGAGACCAGAACAACAUCAGGGAUGAUCUGGAGAACAUCAUUGGCCAGCAAGUCUCUGGAAAUUUCCGGCAACCUGGGUCUCCUCCCAUGCAGCUAGAAAGAUAUCCUCCCCCUCCUGAUCACCCCCCAUCUCCAUGGAACGGCCCAGAAUAUAAUGAGCGCGGCAGUCCCCCACCUCUGUACAUCCCUCCCAGAGAGGAGCCUGUCUACACAGGUCCACCUCCCCAGCCCAGACUUGAGGCCGCAAGACCCCAGUUCUCCGAGACCGAAAGGAAUGUGGAGAUCUUUAAUCACGUGGUAAAUGAUGUGGAGUUCUUCAUGAGCAAAGUGACAGCAGCAGCAUCCACAGAAAACAAUAAGAAGAAAAAGAAGAAAAGCAAGAAGGCCACAGAUACUGUGGCUAUGCCAGCCCCAGAGGAAUUUGCAUCUUGCCUGCAGAAAAUUAAGUACGGAUUCAAUCUCCUGGGGAAACUCAACGGUCAGAUAAACAACCCCAGCGCUCCAGACUUUGUUCACUGCCUCUUCUCCAUCCUGGGCAUUCUGGUGAAACACUGCCACCCAAACCUGCCCGCCUCGGUUCUCAUUCCUCUGCUGACUGAGCCCGCCCUCCAGCUUCUGAACCAAGAGGUCACCCCAGAGGAGGACAGGCUCUGGCUCUCCCUGGGUGACUCCUGGAACAUCCCCAGAUCCAAAUGGCCAGACGGUGACAGGCUCCCAGCAUACGUGCCAGAAUUCUAUGAUGGCUGGCAGCUCCCCCCUCCCCCCCAAAACCCACCAAUCAGCAGGAGUCAGAGCCAGCGCCUUCCCGUGGACAGAGGAGCCCCAAGCCAGCCUUUGCAGAAUUCUGGUCCAUGGAACCCCACUCCACCACGCUUACCCAGCAUGCGUGUGAUUUACGACUUCGUGGCCAGAAACCACCAAGAGCUGAGUGUCAUGAAGGGAGAAAUUGUCCAGGUGCUGGAUCAGUCCAAACAGUGGUGGAAGGUGCGCAACAGCCGCAGUGAAGAGGGCCAUAUACCCCAAAAUGUGUUGGAGCCCCUGGAGGGGGGGAGGCCACAGGAGGGACCCCAGGACAUGCACUCCCCGCCGACACUCAACAAAAUGUCCAGACCCGAGGAUGUGAGGGCCUGGCUGGAAUACAAGGGCUUCUCCAAAAUCACAGUCAACACUCUGAGCAUGCUCAAUGGCGCUCUACUCCUGGCGAUGACACGUGACGAACUGAGGAAGGUGUGUCCAGAGGAGGGAGGCAGAGUCUUCUUCCAGCUGCAGGCUGUCAAAUCUGCCAUAGCGCUGGCCAGCGAGAGUGGAUAUGACCAGUACAACGGCCAUUAGACUCAAAUGAGGGUGCAGAGACAGGGCCACAAACGUGCCAAGACAACCUGAGCAUGUGGUAUACAACCAAACCAUCAACUCAAGACCAAAUUGUCUCCAAUCAAAAAACACCAAGUUAAACAGUUAGCCUAGCGUUAAACAAGCUCGGACCCAUGCAGUUGAACAGAACCAGCUCACUGCAGCAGCGGGACCAUCGUUCUUCUGAUAUUUUGAAAUAUUUGCCAUUUUCUAAUUCAGAGGGGGCUUGCUUCACUGUUAAAAUGUAUUCUUGUAGGAAAGCUUAAAAUGUGAAUUUUGCUUUAUGUCCAGAACUCUUCUUAUAUGAUCUUAAAUUAAACUAUUCAUAUGAAACAUGCAACAAACUACAUGCAAAACCAUUCUUCUGUGGCUUUCCCAGGUUUGUCCUUGUCUCUAGAGUCAAACAUGCCAUCUGUCCAGUAAGAACAACAGCUUCCCCAUCUAGAGCCUUUCUUCUGUCUAUGCUCCAUACACUGUACAUACACCAGCUAAGCUGUCUAAGUCAUACUCACAUUGGUAUAGCACUAACUACAUAUGUUUAAUGGAACCUUUUACCUAACAAUGUCUUAUCAGCUAGUGAGUUUUCUGCCAGUCUGCCCACUGCCCAUCUGCACUGACAUGCU